AUGAAUAGAAGGGAUUAUAAAUCUAUGUUUUCUCUUUCUAUGUCUGAUUUGGUAUUUCAAUCCAAUGUCGAUACAUCUGAGAAAACAUCUGAAACCAACGAAGGAGAACCUCAGAACCCUAAACCUGUGUCUGAAGUUGUUGAAACAAUUAUGUCAACUGCUGGUAACCCUAGUCAAGAAAAUUUGGGAUCUGAUGCUGAAAAGAGAGAUCUUAAUACUAAACCGGUUGAAACUGAAAUGGAAGACACCCCUACAGAGGUUGAACCUGACAUUGCUGAUAAAUCACCAACAACUACUGAGAUGGUGAUUGAGAAACCAACCCAUGUUGUCACUGAAGAGGUUGUCAUGCCAGAUGUUGAGACAUCCUUGAAUGAGCGUGAAGAAGUUGAAACUGCUGACAAGAAACCAGUGAAGGAAGCUGCUGCUGAAAAAGAUGUUGAGACAACUGUCACAACAUCUGAGUCUUCUGAUGAAGAAGCUGGAACUGCACAAGAGGAUACCUCUGAUGAUGAAGAGGACACUCAGUCUGAAGAGAGCAACCAGUCCAUACCCACAAAUGAACAGGAGAUUGAAGCUGACAAGUCUGUAGAAGCUGAGAAAGAGAAAGAAAAAGAUGUAGUGGAUGUUGAUGACUACGAGCCCACCAAGACUGCUGAAAGACCAAGUGGUGGUAUAACAAAGAGAUUGAGAAGCUGUACAGGAAAGCAAGAAGAAGGAGACCCUGAAGAGGAAGAAGGAGUCAUCUAG